AUGCAGCGCAGUGCAAUCUUCUCUAUUGGCUCUAUGUCGUCUACGGCGAUGGAGCAUACCCGUCCUUCCCUAUCUCAUCCUUUACGCGGGCAACAGGUAGUCCCAACACACAGUUCGUAUGUCUAUUCUACGGCGACACACCUGCCAGAGGCCCGCCCGAAUACGAAUACCCCGGUUACACGUUACACGCCUCCCCGAACAGGCUUGGUCGCGUCUUUGCCUCGCUCUUGGAUGCCAUAUGCCGAAUUGGCUCGGCUGGAUAACCCCUCCGGCACCUACUACCUGUUCUUCCCGACUCUCUUUUCCACACUUCUCGCUGCCCCUAUGGCCACCGGUGUAGCUCCGAUACAGGUGCUUGGAACGGCAGGACUAUUUUUUACAGGUGCAUUAAUUAUGCGGGGUGCGGGGUGCGCCAUCAAUGAUCUGUGGGACAGAAAUCUAGACCCUCAUGUUGAACGGACCAAGUUCCGUCCCAUUGCUAGAGGAGCAAUCUCGCCGCAAAAUGCAGUACUCUUCGCCGGUACUCAAUUGCUGGCCGGACUAGGUGUACUUCUUCAAUUCCCUAACCAGUGCCUUUGGUAUGGGAUUCCGAGCCUCCCGAUUGUGGUUGCGUAUCCGUUAGCCAAACGAGUCACUAACUAUCCCCAAUGUGUCUUGGGCCUAGCCAUUUUAUGGGGUGCGAUUAUGGGAUUCCCUGCAUUAGGGGUAGAUAUAUUGGGCAACCAUGAUGCCCUUUUGGCGGCAGGGACACUGUAUUCCAGUUGUGUAGCGUGGUCUGUUCUGUACGACAUGAUUUAUGCGCAUAUGGAUAUCAAGGACGAUGUGGCUGCAGGGAUAAAGUCGAUCGCUCUUCGACACGAACAUAACACAAAGGCGGUCCUGACUGGUCUGGCUCUGACCCAGGUGUCCCUCCUCGGGACCGCCGGGAUUGCCGCAGGCUGUGGGCCCAUUUUUUUUGUCGGUAGCUGCGGUAGUGCCAUUCUAUCUCUGGGGCUCAUGAUUUGGAAGGUUCAGCUGAAAAAUGUGAAGAGUUGCUGGUGGUGGUUCAGGAAUGGAUGCCUCCUGACGAGUGGAGGUAUUACCUUUGGUCUCCUCGGCGAGUAUGCCUCACAAUACCUGGGUUUGUACCAUAGCACCGGACCAGAAUCCUUUGAGCAGUCGUAA